AUGGACAACUUGGCCAAGAACUUUGCUCAAAUGGAUGGAGAUGUUGACGUUAUGACUGCAAAACUUUUGUCUUACUCGGAGUGGAAGGGAGAGGAGAAGCCGUUUGGAAACAGCCAAGAAUCGUCUCCGUGCCACUCGUCCUCGUCGGAGUCACAGUUUGAUUCCGCUUGCUCUUCGCCUAAAACGCAAGUCAGCACCAAAUGCCACUCGUUUCCGAAUUUCCCCUUCGCAUUACCAGGGCACAGUGCGACUCCGCCAGUCCGCGAGAAGGCCUCCAAACCUAAGAUGUCGACCAAGAGACGCAUCAAGGCCAGCGAAAGGGAGAAGAUGCGCAUGAGGAGUUUGGCUGAAGCUUUGCACCAGCUUCGCGAUUACCUUCCUCCGGACUAUAGCCAAAGAGGUCAACCGCUCACCAAAAUACAGACCCUCAAGUACACCAUUGAGUACAUCAAAGAACUUUCUGAUAUUCUUAAACACGCGUAA